AUGUCUCGCUCUGGAGUUGGCCUUGACAAGGAAUGCAUUCCCACGUUCGAGGAACUUAAGCUCGGGAAGAAGAUCAAAUACAUCAUCUACAAGCUUAGCCCGGACAAUAAAACCAUUGUAGUUGAUAAGAGCUCGACCGACUGCGACUAUGAAACAUUCAUUGGUGAUCUUCCAGAAACUGAGUGCCGAUACGCGAUCUACGACUUUGAGUACGAGUUGGAAGGUGGUGAAGGAACGAGGAACAAGCUCUGUUUCUACGCUUGGUCUCCUGAUGAUGCCCCGGUCAGGUCCAAGAUGGUCUACGCUUCCUCCAAGGAUGCUCUCCGCCGGCCUCUGACAGGAAUCCACGCCGAAAUUCAAGGGACCGAUUUCAGCGAAGUAUCACACGAGGUUGUUUUGUCGAGAUUCGUGGGCAAAUGA